CGUUCACCUGCUCAAUAGAAAAGACCCCCAAUUUUCAAUAACAGUCACUUGCUGGUCGUCAAAAAAAAUUUCUUUUCAGAGAGAGAAGGGGCGGUGAAUCCGAUGAAGACCAAGACGAAGAUCCUCCAUCUGCUGCUCUUUCUGUCGGCGUUGACCGCGGACGCCGUGUGGCUCGAUCUGCCACCGACCGGUACGAAGUGCGUAUCGGAGGAGAUCCAGCCCAACGUCGUCGUCCUCGCCGAUUACUCCGUCAUCUACGAGGGCCAGACUCACUCCACCAUCACCAUCGCCGCCAAGGUGACAUCACCAUAUGGAAACACACUUCAUCACAAAGAAAAUGUCAAGAGUGACCAGUUUGCUUUCACAACCACAGAGCCUGGUAACUAUCUUGCCUGUUUCUGGAUUGAUAGCGCUGACAAAGGUGUAGGAGCAAGUGUUAAUCUGGAUUGGAAGAUUGGAAUUGCUGCAAAGGACUGGGAUUCUGUUGCUAGAAAAGAGAAGCUUGAGGGUGUUGAGCUUGAACUGACAAAAUUGGAGGCAGCAGUGCAAGCGAUCCACGAUAAUCUGUUGUAUCUCAAGGACAGGGAAGCAGAGAUGAGGAUAGUGAGCGAGAGAACAAAUGCGAGGGUCGCAUGGUUCAGUAUCAUGUCCCUUGGCGUUUGCGUUGUGGUUUCGAUCUUGCAAUUGUGGCACCUCAAGACAUUCUUUAGGAAGAAGAAGCUCAUCUAGUCAAUUUAAUGGCUCGCUUAGCCUUGUUUUCAUUUUUAUACAUGUGAGGAUUUGCUGUAGCCUGUAUUUUACUGUUUCAGGAGUUAAGAUUAUGCUUGUCCAGUUGUUGUAGCUCAUAAGUCAGCUGUAGCUAAAUCUGGUGGAGGCUGGUGAAUCUUUGUUAAGAACAGGAUUUGGAUUAGACUGUGGACACAUUCAUAGAAUAGAGUAGCAUGCCACAUUCAAGUCCAAUAGACCAUUAAUUUUCAUUCAUGCGAUGCACUUUUGUAGUCUGAACCAUCUUAAA